AUGGCUGCCAUGGAGAUUUAUGAGAGCAAGCCCAAGCAGACUUCCUGCCGAGGAACAGGAAAGAUGUGGUACUGGGUGUUCCUGUGGUGUCUGUUCUCCUCUCUGUUGGUCCACGGGGCGAUGGGCCUGCUCAUGUUGGUCAUGUUGCAGCGCCACAAGAGGGGUCGCCUCAUCACCUUGGUCCUGGUCAGUCUGGGUUGCCUGGCCUCCCUGGCUGGAGGGGUCAUCACCAGUGCGGCGGUGGCGGGGGUGUACAGGGUGGCAGGGAAGGACAUGGCCCCCCUCCAGGCCCUGGUGUUUGGAGUGGGCCAGACCACCCUCUCUGUCCUCAUCUCCUUCUCACGCAUACUGGCCACUCUCUGA